GCAAAGAAAAUCGAAUAUGGAGGGAGUGCGUAGAAGUAUCACAACAAUUAUAGAAGAAAAUAUACCUAGCGGAAAGAAAGCACUUCAAGAUAGUCAUAAAAAUCUUGCUGAAAUAGCCGAUUAUUGUGAACGGCAGUACGUUUCUGUGAAUAACACGUACAAAGCAAAUGACAAGAAAAAAGCAUUGGAAGAAACUCGAGCUGUUUUUACUGAAACAAAACAGUACGCGACACAAUCUUUGGCCAGUGUAGCUUAUCAGAUUCAUGCCUUGGCUGCUAGUGUUCUCGACUUGCUUGACAAUCAGGCUAGUCAAUUUAACCAGAUGAAUUCAGAUAUCAGCUACAUUUCCAACGUUGUUCAAGUGCACAAAGAAAAGGUUGCUAGACGUGAGAUUGGAGUUUUGGCAUCUAGUAAAAAUACUUCCAGAGGUCAUAAAAUUAUUGCUCCUCCACAAAGAGAGCAACCAAAACGCUAUGAAAGACAACCCAUCGAUUACAAUUCAUUGGAUAGUAUUGGGCAUGGACUUAAGACAAAUGUUAAUGAAAAUAAACGUACACCAUCAAUUCGUAGUCACAACUCAGCAUCAUCUACACCCACAACACCAACACCUGUGGUUGCACCCAAAGCAGUUACUACUGGUAACCUCAGAGUUCGAACCCGGAACCAAGCUCCUCCAAGUGCGCCACCACCACCCCCUGAAAUUCCAAAAAUUCCAAGUAAUCAACAUGAAGUGAGUAAAGCACCAAUUGGAUCGCCACCUCCACCUCCAAUGCCCCCAAUUGGAUCGCCACCUCCACCUCCUAUGCCCCCAAUUGGCCCCCCACCUUCAUAUUCUAUGCACCCAGUCGUAGCUCCACCUCCACCUCCUAUAACUGGAUCUCCUAAAGAUUUGCUUCCACCACCUCCGAUUCCCAACUUGCCAACUGAUGAUGGAACAAUGUCACCAGGGGCUGAUGGCAACCAAUCUUCAUCCCCAGAUUGCCUUCCACGACCUCCUAGUGCUAUUACUGGAGAAGAAAAUAGCUCAGGUCAAUUUAGUCCACUGCCUCCACCACCACCUGAGCUGAAUGAUGAAACUUAUAGCUUCCCUUCCUUGUGGAUUCCGGAGACUUAUGAGGAAAAAGUGAUAAGUAUUUACGAGUACGAAGCAACGCGGGAGGAUGAACUUUCCUUUAAAGAAGGAGAAAUUAUUUAUGUACUCAAAAAGAACGAAGAUGGUUGGUACGAAGGUGUUAUGAAUGGCAUGACUGGUCUUUUUCCUGGAAAUUAUGUGGAAACAUCUUCUUAGAAAAUGUUAUUGGCAAAUAAUUGUAAUCAUGUACUUCUACGAAGUAGCUAAAGUUACGGACGAAUUUAUACGUUUUACUUUAAAAUACUUAAAAAAUUACAUGUUUACUAUACGAUAACUGAAAUAUGAUUAGAAAUGUGUUUAAUCUUUUGUUUAACAUUUAUUGUAAUAAUUUUGAAGCGGGAAAUGUAACCUUGUCAAUUCAACGCUUAGCUAAUAAAGGAAAAUUUUUCAACUAUUCA